UGGAGGAUGACGUAAACAUUUUUUGGGAUAUCGAAGCUUUCAGCUGGAACUGAUCAAAGUAAGAUCACAUAUCAUCAGACAUCGUUUCGUUGUACGGAGUUAUCACUCAGCUCUGGAACUUCUGAUUGAUACGUGAUCGCUACGGAAUAACUGCCUUAUUAUCAGUGUAACAUAAAAUUGUAUCACGACGUUAAAGAGCAUCAUUCUGAGGGCAGUGUGCCUUGGGACUUCAACUUUAGGCAGAUUGUGAUCUAGACAGCAUGCCGUUCACAGCUGAAUUAUUGAAAACUGGGAGACGAUGGUUAGGAUUAGAACAUCGUCUAGCAGAUGUGAGUCCCCACCCCCUGGAGUCCCUACCUACCCCCAAACCGACGUGUGGUCAGUGUAGGAGACCUAGCUAUAUGAUGGCCACAGGACAUGGUCUGGUGGUCGAUGGGAAGGACAAUAGCUCUCAGUUCGGGAGUCAAACAUCCCUCGCCACAAUCACGGCAUUGGAAGUUGCCAGUAGCGGUAACAUCAAGGAGUUUGAACGAAUCUACAAUCUAGACUCAUCUAGACUCAGUGUACAGGACUCCAAAGGGAGAGCCCCCAUCCACCAGGCGGCGAUCAAAGGUCGCAUACAGAUACUAGACUUCAUAAAGAAACAUGGAGGAGACCUCAACAUUAAGGACAACUCCGGCAACACAGCCCUACAUCUCGCCGUGGAGAUUGAGCAGGUGGAAAGUAUUGACUUCCUGGUGGAUGCUGGAGCCGACACCACCAUCAUGAACAGCAAGUCUAUGCCUCCGAUGCAUGUAGCGGCAGAUGGAGGACUCUACAAGUCGCUGGAGGCGUUGCUAAAACACGACGUCCUGAACGUGAACCAAAGAGGUGAAGACGGUGUCACAGCUCUUCACUUAUGUGCCCUCAAGAACCAAGACGCCUGCGCCAGAUUGCUGCUGGAUUACAACGCUAAGGUGUGCAUGAAAUGCAACUUUGGUUUCUACCCCAUCCACUUGGCAGCAAAGUCUGCGUCCGCUGAAACCCUGGAGGUCCUCAUCCAGGCAGGAAUAAAGAAUGGUUACAAAAGAGAGGACGUACUGUCCUUUAAGGACAUGGAAAACAACAUGCCGCUUCACUCUGCUGUCCAUGGCGGUGAUCUCAAGGUCGUUGAGGUCUGUCUUAAAGCAGGAGCGCCUGUCAACGCUCAACAGGAUGACAAGUCGACCCCCCUUCACUUUGCGUGCGCCCAGGGGAACCUGGAGAUGAUUCGUACGAUGCAUGACAUGCAGACAGACAACUUCCUCUCCGCCAUCUUCACCACCGACGUCCAGAACAUGACGCCAUUACACAGGGCAGCCAUCUUCAACCAUGUACCGGUCGUGGAAUUCCUCAUUGAGAAGGGCGCUGAUGUGGAUGCAAAGGACAUCCAAGAAAGAACUCCUCUUCUAUUGGCUGCUUCAAAAGGAGGCUUUGAGACAGUCACGUGCCUCCUAAGCAACAAAGCAGACAUCAAGGCCAAAGAUCACAACAACAGGAACUUCAUGCAUCUUGCUGUCAAAUUCGGUGGCAAGCUGAAAGAGUUCGGUUGCAGUAUUUUGCAGGGUAUACAGCAUUACCUAAACGAGAAGGAUGACUUUGGAUGCACACCUCUUCACUAUGCGUCCAAGGAGGGGCACCUGUUGGCCAUAGACGACCUCCUGAAGAUGGGAGCCGUCAUCAGUCCCAAGAAUAACAUGAAACAAUCUCCUUUCCAUUUCGCUGCAAGAUACGGACGUUUCAACACUUGUAAGCGACUGUUGGAGAGCGAGAACGGGCCCAACAUCAUCAACGAGACUGACGGUGAUGGCCGUACCGCCCUCCAUCUUGGCGCCCUCAACGGAAACGUCAAGGUGGUGACUCUGCUUCUACAGAAAGGGGCGGUGGCAGCUAGAGACAGGGAUAGCAACACGCCACUCCACCUAGCGUCGUCAAACGGCUACACACAGUGCAUGAGGCUACUACUGGGUGUGCACGCCAACCUGCUCGACGUCACCAACGUACGCGGAGACACGGCCUUGCACGUGGCAGCUCUGAACGGCAACACGAACGCGGUGACCCUUCUGAUGACCAUGGGAGCAGAGUUCAGCAAAAACACCAAUGGAAGGUCAUUCUUUGACCACGCCAUUGAACAAGGAAAAUCCGAAGUUGCAAUUGGCAUUGUUGGUCAUGACAGAUGGGAAGACGCAAUGGACAUUUGUUCCAACGUGUUCUGCGGCCCAAUGAUUGGGCUCAUCCAGCAAAUGCCGGAGGUCUGCAUGGCCGUGCUAGAUAGGUGUCAGACUACGUCCAACCACGACAAACGAAGCAAAGAUUAUUAUAUAGACUACAACUUCAAGUACCUGCGUUGUUCGGCCAGCUUCAUGUUGCUGAAGAAGAAGAUGGGAGAGGAGUUUGAGCCUAUGCCACAACUUAACGCGAUGGUGAGGAACGGACGGGUUGAUUGUCUGUCGCACUCAGUCUGUGUCAACUUCCUGCAGAUGAAAUGGAACUAUUAUGGGAAGUGGAUAUACUCUGCCUACCUGUUUAUCUAUAUCGCCUAUCUGGCCCUACUAACAACCUUCAUAGUCAACCAUGACUCACUUCAGCAUCACGACGCCGGCCUCAUUGACAACAACACGAUGGAGAUGCUGAAAGGGAACAGCAAAGGCGGCUACCGGUUCAAACCAAUGUACGCAGUGGUACUGUGGUUGAUAGGAAUAUACGCUGUGAUCAAUAUGAUAAAGGAGGUAUUCCAGAUGGUAACCCAGAAAUGGCGUUACUUCAUGGACAGACAGAACUUCCUGGAGUGGUCCCUGUACAUUGCCACCCUCUUGUUUAUCGCCCCCUUCCUGUUCCAUCGCUCCUUCCACUGGCAGUGGGAGGCCGGGGCACUGGCGGUCUUCCUGGCCUGGUUCAACUGUCUCGUCUUUCUGCAGAGGUUUGACUUCUUCGGCAUCUACGUGGUGAUGUUCCUGGAGAUCCUGAAGACUCUCCUGCAGGUCAUUUGUGUCUUCUCCAUCCUCAUCAUCGCCUUCGGCCUCGCCUUCUUCAUGCUGCUCAAACAUGAGGAAUCGAGGGCCUAUUCUAGUCCUGGGUUGGCGCUGUUGAGGACGGUUACCAUGAUGUUGGAGAUGGACUACAUGGAAUCCUUCAACAGACCCUUCACCGAUGACCUCGGCAACACCCUUCACUUCGGCACAUUGACGUUGUUCCUCCUGGCUGUGUUCGUUCUCCUCAUGCCUAUACUUCUCAUGAACCUCCUGAUUGGUCUGGCUGUCGGUGACAUCGAGUCUGUUCUGAGAAAUGCCCGCCUCAAGAGACUAGCUAUGCAGGUUGAGCUCCACACAGACAUGGAACGAAAAAUGCCGAACAAGCUAUUAACCAAAGUUGAUAAGACCACCCACAGGAUCUACCCCAACAAAUGCAAGCACAUGGUCUCCCAGCUGCUGUCGAUGGUAAUGUCAUAUGACGAAGAGAGCAGCGACUUUGCGGACGGCCAGAAUUGUUACAACAACUACAUCUACGGAGAACUCUACAAGCAGAAAACUAGAAUGAAGGACCUGAGCGCAUCCGUCGACAAGAGCCACCAGCUGCUGCGGCUGAUUGUCCAGAAGAUGGAGAUCCAGACCGAGGAUGAAGUGUGGGAUGAAGGACUGUCCCCCUGCGACAGUCUGGAGUCUAUGCUUCACCCCUCGGGCAAGGGGGUGUGGCCGUCGUCCAAGAGUGGGAAGCAGCUAUUGCAAAAGACAAUGGUCGUCUCCCGAUGGAAGCGCAACAUGCAUUAGAUGUGAUGGCGAUGCGAUGAGAUGUGAUGAAGAUGGAUGCAAAAUAGAAAAUGCUUGUGUCUGAAAUCGGACUGACAAAGGAGUUGAAAAGACAACGCAUUGAAGUGUGAAACCAUUUGAGAAAUGUCUUGAGCGUGUGAAGAAGGAAUGAGUGAGACUUUGGUGUGUAAAGACGGGGUAUUGUAUUGCUGAGGACGCUCUGGAAAACAUGUUCACAUGGGUUGGUAUGUAGAGAACAAAGGUCUAACGAAUCCAAGACAAGAGCUUAAAUUGGGAAGCGCCAGAGUACAGGAAUCGCAACAGGUGUCGCCAUUCGGAAACUGUUGGACUUAAAUAGCAAAACGGAUCUGUUUUAUAAGUUUAGUCAGAUCUCAAGCGAAGGUAAAUCAGUUUUCAUUACAAGUUUUACCAACAAGAUAUUCGCAGCAUAUGCGAAUGUAGUCUGUCUACUCAGGUAACCUUACCUUCAUUCCUGAAGGUCCACUUCAUAGUCGUGCAGUUGGAAUCGCAAAAAUUGAUUAACGAUUAGAUAUAUCAAAAUAUAUCCUUUUGGGGAAGAAAUAAUGAUAAUGCAUGAAGUAUUUAAUAACCAGACAUAUACUGAUGAAAUGACCUGAAAAAACUCUGUGGUGCGAAAAUGCAAAUGGUAUGUAUCUGACAUUAACUCCAGCAACAAAACCAGACAUUUUAGGAAACGAUCCCAUUGCCUCCUUGGGGAUGGUUACUUCCUCAGUCUCAACAAGUAAACUUCAUGUACUGAAUAUAUUUUUAUCCUUCGUAAACAAUAUAUUCCCUCUGAUGAAGCAUGCUGGCAGGUAUUCUGAAGACAUGAAGUAUCACGCGACAACUACUUAAGACGUCUAGGAAAUUUGAUGGCGAUACAUUAAGCAUGGUUGUGCUGCCCUAAAACUUCCGAAACAAGAAGUCGAAAAUGUCAAUAAGUGCAUUUAUUUACACACAAAAUGUUUUAUUGUUUACUUUUAUGUAUGUUUAUUGUUCACGUGCAAAAUGUCCAGUGAUUACGUUUCAGUCAUGACAUAACCUUUGAUACAGAUACUGAUCAGUUUUGCAUUUUUAGGAAGAAAGAAAUAAAACAGUGUUUUCAGCAUCACUGAUAAGAUGUCAAUACCGAAAGUUGCAAAAGAAUUUUUUUAAAACCUGAUCCCCUUUCAUAGUAAGCAAUUUCAUAUAGAGGUUGAAUCUCGUCUGUAUCAGUAUCAGUGUAGUGUGUCUCAUACGUUGUCAAUUUCAUAGGAUCGUAUGACAUUUGCACGUGUUGAUGUGAUAUGUAUUAUCAUUUUGUUCAUUAAAUUUUUACUUAUGUUUGGUAAUUAAAGUUCUGUCUGUUCUGUAUAGACAUGUGUAUAUGUUUCAUGUGGAUUAUGGUGUGCACAUGACUUCGUGUAUUUCUGUAUAGCUUCUGUAGUUAAUGACUGCGGGGGUUGGUGGACUCGGGGUGAGGGUGAAACGCGUGUUGGAACACAAUACCCGGAUACCCCUUAAAACACCCAGAAGCAACAAUGCACCAAACAUUUCAAUUUCAAUCAGAUACCAUUAAUUCCUUUCAAUUGGAAAUAAGACAGAUCUACAUUAUAGAGACUGGUGCCUUUACAGACCGCAUACAGGCUGUGUAAACGAUAUUGUUAUUAUUUCUUUAUACACCACGCGAUGUGCCUUAAACAGAUUAUACAAUGAGACUUUUAAAGAUUGAAUUUUGGCAAAUGUCGAUACAUGAGACCUUGAGGCAAUAUUACCAACUUGUGAUGUAUGGAUCUUUGAGUACCUUUACCCUUAAAAACAACAAGAGGGUCAUAUUAUCAUUCUGUGAAUAAAUCUCGUGCAAGAAAAUAUUUAUACAUGCAUUUUCAGACUCUCACAUUAUCGGUAAAAACGCCUUUGAGGCGCCUCUCAGAUGGUCACGCCAAACGCAAACUUUAAGAACAAUGACGCGCUUUUAUUUCCAUCUAGUUCCUGAAAGCCUGAAAAACUCAUGUUGAUACUACAACAUCCGUGCGAUUAUGCAUUCUAUGGGUCAGGAUGACAGUGUUUUUGCAAUUUCAUUUAUUACAGCCUCUAAAAUCUGUUUAUGGUCAGACCACAAGUCCUUGUUCAACAUUGUAAUAAUCUCAGAGACAACUGGCAAGUGUAAUUACUCACAACAGUUAAUCAGACAUGAUGGCAUGUUUAUUCGACUAACAUUGAACACGUGUUUCCGACUCACAGUAUCGUGUGUUUGCCCAAGAGUGAUUUAUCAAUGGAUGUAUUGGGUAUGGAAGACGCAAGGGGGCGGUUUACUAGUGUGCUUCUGUUUUAGAACCUUAUAGUUGGUGUGGCCAUCGAUCCGACAUAAAACACCAUGUUUACCCUGGGUACCUUUGUGUUUCUGUCCUGUAACCAAACAAACGGGUAACCCUCUCACUCGUCAUUUGCGUUCGGCACAAUUACCCCUUAAAUAAUCUUCUGUGUAAAUUAGCAGCUGUUGGUGUAACUAGAUUUGCCUGUUUUUAUCAUUGUUACAGCACAACAUUGGUCCAAUAUCUUUAGAAACAUUUAGGUCUCUUGUCCAUCUGUUAUUGAGUGCCUGCUGUGGCAAAGUAGAUUAUUCUGUUAUUAAUGUAUUGAUGUUAGUAUCUGGCUAUUGUACCCGUUUAGCAAUAUGGUACGUUCUCAUCCAGUGGAUGUUAUUCCAGUUAUAAGCAUUUAAAAGUUGUUGGGAAAAAACGAGGAAAAAUAUAAACAUUAUUAAUAAGUGUUCGAGUACCACUAACUAACGGUUUCUCAAAGGCUCGAAGGCCUGUAUGUCUCCAUAUUUACAUGUUAUAGCUAUUUGUACAAGCUCAUGAACACAAUCAACCCAAUUGUCCCGGCCACCAAUACAUAUAAAUCCUUUUGGAGUCGGAACUGUCAACGACAGAUGACACGACUACGUUUAGAGGUUCGUGAGAAUUUGUUGUUGGCUCCCUCUGUCACCGAUUUACCGCCUCACUUACAGUCUGUUUGGUUUCAUUUGAGACCGAUGAAUAGCUCACUAACACAAAAUCUAAUCAUUGCAAGAUUAGACCUUCGCCUGAAUCCGUAUAAACAUAUGGACGAUUCCUGUGAUACAUUUGUCUCUAUGGUGAUAAUGUGUGAUUAUUGUUUAUGUAUUGAGAGUAAUAAAAGUUGUUGUUGAUA